GUGUAUUUUUUGUAUUUGUUACCAGAACUUGCUUUCGUUUUUAAUAAUUUGGAAUUGAAACACGUGUCGUUUUCAGUAAAAAAUGUUGUGUUGGAUUAAUCCGCUUCCUUAAAUUUGGUUUCUUAGUAAUAAAUUCGUUAGUAAUUUAUUUAAUUUAUAGGGUUUUUAACGGUUCUAAAUCACUAUCAAUAAUGGCCAAAAAUAAGAGUGAAAUUAGGUUUAUUUUCUAUGCUGUUUCAAUAUUCAUUUGCUAUUUUAUAUUUGGGAUGUUGCAAGAAAAAAUAAAUAGAGGAAAAUAUGGGAACAACGAAAGAUUUACGUGCACCUUGUCACUUGUUUUGAUAACUUGUUUGGUGAAUUAUAUAUUUGCUAAGAUAUUAAUGUUAUCUUGGAAGCAUGAAAAAGACACAACAAGAACAGCAUAUUACUUCUCUUCAGCAUUGACAUACUUGCUGGGAAUGGUUACAUCAAACAUGGCAUUGCAAUGGGUAAAUUACCCAACACAGGUAGUUGGCAAAGCUGCAAAGCCUAUCCCUGUUAUGAUACUAGGAGUCUUGAUUGGAAGAAAGGUGUAUCCGAUAAAAAAGUAUUUCUUCGUUUUUCUAAUAGUUUCUGGAGUUGUCCUGUUUAUGUUUAAAGAUCAGGCCAAAAAUGCAAAUGACCAUCAGCAGUUUGGAAUUGGUGAAAUAUUGAUUCUUUUAUCUCUGACAAUGGAUGGAUUGACAGGCGCCGUGCAGGAGAGAAUUAAGAGUGAAUCUUCUCCCACAGCGUAUGCUAUGAUGUUAAACACAAAUUGGUGGUCGACCAUAAUAGUUUCGAUUGGUGUUGUUUUAAGUGGAGAGAUAUUCAAGUUUAUAUCAUUUGUUACUAUACAUCCUGAAAUUAUAAUAUAUUUGACUGGCUUCGCCUUCACUGGUGCUUUGGGACAACUGUUUAUUUUUUAUAUGGUGUCCGAAUUUGGCCCACUGCCAUGCUCUGUAGUUACCACAACAAGGAAGUUCUUCACAGUUUUGGCAUCGGUUAUUAUAUUUGGAAACGUACUCUACCCUAGACAGUGGCUCGGAACUAUUCUAGUAUUUUCUGGAUUAUUUUUGGACAUAUAUUACAGCAAGGGAAAAAGUCAGCCGACUAAGAGGGAACUGAAUAAAUGAGAACCAAUAUCAGCCGAUGGCGACUCCAUAGUGUAAUCUACUGAACAUUAUUUGUGACAGUGUUUUGUAUUUUUGUAUAUCAGACAAUAUCAAAUUUUAAUGCUAUAGUUGAAUUUGACCUACCAUUAACAUAGGAUAAUUUAUCUGGCUCCCAGAUACAACUAUUAUUUAAAUGAUUUUUAUUAAGUAAUAUAAUUUUCUGAUGACAUAUUUGUGUCGUAUGAGUAAAAUUGAACGUUUUUUUGUCUACAUUAAUAUUGUAUUACUGGCGCAUCAAUUGCCUAGCUCUUACAUUGAGAUUGUAUAAUGUAGAUUAAUAACAUUAAUAGCAUGUAAUAAUUAUGUGUAAAUGUAUGUUUCUUUAUUCACAUGGAUUUAAUUUGAUUCAUUCAAGUUCUGUUGCUUUAAGAAAACUUUAAUUUUCACUCAUUUUAUUAACUUUUUUUUUAGUAAUAUCAGUCCAAAAGUGAAAAAGCCUCUUUCUAAAAUGAUAUACGGUAUUGGGACUAUGCUGACUCAAUUCAGAUCUUCAUGUGUGCCAAUUUGACUGUUUAAUGAUGAUUGUCGCGUAGGAGCUUUUAACAUUUUAUAAAAUUUAAUUUAUCAAAGUUUCUUUAAAUAAGGAAAUUAAAUGAAAAUUUGAAAAAAUAGUAUUACAUGGCGACAUGCGAUAGAUGUUAAUAAUCACGAAAGUGAGUCACUAAAAAAAAAAUAUUUAAUAUAACAAUAAAUAUUAUAUUGUAGUUAAUUUUCUUUAUUAUAUGUGAAGCCUUUA